CGUUUUCUCAUAAGAUGGAAAAUCCUCUAACCAAAAGUGAGGAGAAGAAGUUCGGGUACCCCAAAGUACGAGAUUCGGACGUUAAAAAUGAAAAACCCAAAGUCGAAGUUAGGCGCUUGCAGUACGACCCUAACCCUAAGGUCGGGGACUGGAAAAAGACGUGCUCGCCCAGCUGUUGCCCCUCGUUAUCGGGCGAAGAACGCCUGGUUUGUAUAAUUUGAUUCGAUUUUGGGACCAAUUUUCAAAAACGCAACUUGGCCACACUGUAGGGCGGCGUUGCCGGGUUGUGCCCUGGCGCACUUUCCGCAAGUUUAUCGAACAGCUGGUAGGAUUACGUAAUUUGCGAUAAUAUCCAACAAAUGUGCUUUGUUGUCCCGAUUAGGGAAAAAAAUCAGUGAUAAGUGGUACAGGGACUUGGAAAUAGGCACCAAGUGGGGGCGCUGAUGUGGCAAUGCCAUCUAGGUAUAUUGUAUCAGAAUGGCACAAACUACGUAAAUUUGUAUUACAAGAAAACAAAAUAACUUGUUUUUAGAUGUUCACACCUUUAAUAAAUUUUUUUGGUAAAGUUGUCUUUUGCGCCUAUUUUUUCUGUGAUGUCCGAAAAGGGGUGAUCAGGUAAUAAUCCGUUUUGACCUGAUAAGAUGCGGUGCCGAAUUUCUAGGACUCGAACACGUAAAGAGAGGGUGCCCGGUAUUUGGGGAUUCAAUAGUGCCCAAUUUAUGCACGCCUGUUAUCAUAACUCGCCUGUUUUGGUGAUAAUAUUGUCCGAUUUUGGGAAAUAGAAAAUAAAGAUGCAAUAAAUGAUAAUUUACUGGACACCCUUCACAGAAUUCUUGUGAAAAACAUUUUAACAAAACACAUGGGAGAUUCCCAGAUGGGCGGUUUAUGGUUUAUGGUUUUUAUGGUCCUUUUAAGCAAACGCCGCCUGAUGCGCAAAAUAGCUUUAAACCGUUUGUUGUCGGUGGAGAAAAGGAGAGCUAGGGAUCAUAAACUAAAUGAGGGUGUGAAACUGGCUUCAUGUUCGGGUUUCUUCGGAAUUUCGAGGAGCUGGUUUGGGGAGCUGUCUUCACACAAAUUAGGUGGUGGCACUAUCUAACCUCACAAAAUGGAUUAUGCCGAAGAGCAAAAAGGGGAAAUUGAAGCACUCGAGUCCAUUUACUUCGGGGAUUUAACACUGUUGGGCACAGAGCCGUACCACAAAUUUUCGGUCCAGAUCAAGUCCGAGGAGUAUGAUCCUGAGACUGAAAACACGGGGCUGGCCUGCGAUAUGGUCUUUACCUACACUCCGAAGUACCCCGACGAGGCGCCGGUUAUAGAACUCGAAAACUGUGACAACUUCGAGGACGGUUAUGAGGCCCAGUUGUUGGAUUUUUUGAAGGAACAAGUGCAGGAAAAUUUGGGCAUGGUCAUGAUUUUCACGCUCGUUUCCUCGGCCCAGGAGUGGCUGAACGUGCGGUGGGAGGGCGUGAAGAAGGAGCGGGAUGAAGAGGCGGCGAGGAAAUUGAGGGAAGAGGAGGAGGCUGAGAGGAAACGGUUCGAAGGCACGAGAGUCACAGUUGAGACGUUCCUCAAGUGGAAGACGAAGUUUGAGGACGAGAUGGGGAUUGCGAAAAAACGGGAAAUUAGCGAAAAAGAAGGGAAGAAGCUGACAGGGAGGGAACUGUUCAUGACUGACGUCACGCUGAAUGAGUCCGACCUCAAGUUUCUUGAAGAUGGUGAGGGUGUCAAGGUGGACGAGUCGCUGUUCCAGGACAUGGACGAUCUGGAUUUGGAUGAUGAGGAGGACGAAGACUUUGAUCCCAAUAAUUACAGCGAUUCGUCGGAUUAAUCAGAGCCAAUGCUAUUUUUGUAUUUAUUUUGUACGUUACAAUUGAAUAAAGUCGUUUUGCGAA